AUGGCCCAUCUCAUAAAGGGAUCAUUUAGAGAUGUUAUCAGGUCCUGCAAGAUAAUUGACUGUCGGUACCCGUAUGAGUUCGAAAGUGGACCCAUUACUGGAGCUGCGAAUCUGUAUACCAGAGAGCAGUGUAUGCAGCCGCUGACCGACAGUCAGAACCCUAUUGCACACUCUGCUAAAAGUGACAUUCUGCUCUUUCACUGUGAAUUUUCCAGUGAACGAGGACCUAAUCUGUACCGUUAUCUACGCAAAGAAGACCGGAAUAGGAACAAAGACAAUUAUCCAUCGCUGAAUUUCCCCGAAGUCUACCUGCUUGAAGGAGGUUACAAAAGUUUCUUCGAGCAAUACUCAGGCAUACAAACAGAUGAUCCAUACUGA